AUGGGUGAAAGGGAAGCCAUGAAGCCUGGAUGUGUGGAUUUAGAGAUGCUCAGCUCAUCUCCUUGCAAACUAAAGCAGCCCCUAGGGGAGAAAGAAGAGGAGGAAGACCCUUCUCACAGCGGGGGAGACAGUGGCAAGGCCUCUCCUGGGAGACAAGAGAACACCUGGCAGGACCAGGAGGCCAAGCACCAGAGGCACAAACCAUCUCGGCCAAGCUGGAGUGGCUCCUCUUGCAGAAGCCACAAGGGAAGUGCCAACCCUGAAGAGAGGAGGAGCGAGAAAGCAUGUCCCAGCAGAGACAGAGGAAGGGACAGGGCUGAGUCCAGCAGAUCAAAACAGCCCUGCACAGGAGGUGAGUCUGGGCCUUGGAAGAAGCAAGGCCACCAGGGCCGAGGGGAUUGUAUCUAUCCUGGAUGGGACCUGCCUUCCUGGGUUAUGGAAAAGGACGCUGUGGCGCGGGGCUGUGAUUCUCCGCACACCAAGGCGCGUGUCCGGGACAGAAGGCCCCAUCCAGGCUCUCCAGCGAGGGGUCCGAAGCGCAGAAGCUCUGGAGACAGUCGCGGUGAGCCAGCCAACUGUCCCAAGAGGCGCAGACAGCAUGGUCCAGAAGCCAGCUCCCGCCGGGUGCUCUCACCGCUGUCCAGAGCCAUCAACAACGUGCACGCCUUGGAGGUGAUCCUGGACGACCUGCAGGCCCCUGGAGGCGCCUACCUGCGCGUGCCCCAGAGCAGCACGGAGCCCAGCGUCUCGCAGCGCGCCUGGCUCACUUGGCAGCUGUCCCACGCCGGGGCUGCGCUGCACUGGGCGCUUCACACCGUCGAUUCCAUCCUGGCUGCGCAGGCCUGGAUGCCCAGAUACACCUAGUUCCACGCCGAUUCCUCGGAGGCCGUGCCCCAGUGCCCACCUCACAGCCUUGAGUCUGGGUCAAGGACAGGUGACCCGGCUGGACAGAAAAUCCUGGAAUACUCGCUUGGGGGCUUGGACUCUGCAAAACCUUUCCACCUGCGCACACAGACACUUUGCGUAUUCCUGGACAAAACUUUGACUCUUGGAACGACAUCAGCAAAUGGAGCCUGGGUCUGCACAGACACUCCCUCCUCUUUUGGACAGCAUCCCUUCUGCCAAGUAGGUGUGGAACUUAUCGUGUCAGGCACAGGCCAACACACCAGACAGACUCGGCCUGCUGGGGUCAAGCUC